CUCUAGGGGGCUAGGAGAACUCGAAACAAUACUUAUAAGGAGGGUCUCCUCUUUCCCUUCUUUCUCAUUCGCGCCACUCCUAGCUUCCAUCCUUCGGCUCUAGAUAUAUCAUAUGGCUUGGUCUUCUCACCUCAUGGUUUGGCUCAGCUUGUUGCUGUUCUAUUACGUUCCACUUGGCUUAGGAGCCCCCCAUAAGUGGCCUGUGGGAGGAUCUACAAGGUUCUACGACUUCAAGGUACAAACGAAGAGGAUCUCCAAGCUUUGCAAGACAAAGGACAUCAUCGCCAUCAACGGGAUGUACCCGGGUCCGGUCGUGUAUGCCCAGGAGGACGAUCGGGUGAUCGUCAAGGUCGCCAAUGAGACCCCAUACAACGCCACCAUCCAUUGGCAUGGGGUCCGGCAGAGGCUAACUUGCUGGUCGGAUGGACCAGCCUACCUCACCCAAUGCCCCAUCCAGGCCGGCCAGACGUUCACCUACGAGUUCACCCUGGUCCAGCAGAAGGGCACCCUCUUGUGGCAUGCUCACGUCUCGUGGCUCCGUGGGACAGUCCAUGGUGCCAUUGUGAUAUACCCCAAGACUGGGGUACCCUACCCCUUCCCCGACCCUUACGAAGAGCAUAUACUAAUCUUGGGGGAGUAUUGGUACGAGGACUUGCUGAAGCUGGAAAAGAGGAUUCUUGCGAGUGGUGGAGGUGCUCCGCCGGCGGAUGCAUAUACUAUCAACGGCCACCCAGGGCCACUCUAUAAGUGCUCGGAGAAUGAUGUGUACGAGAUUGCUGUGAUCCCUGGCAAGACAUAUCUUCUGAGGAUAAUAAACGCAGGCCUAAAUAUGGAGUUCUUCUUCUCCAUUGCCAACCACAAGCUCACCAUAGUCGAAGCUGACGGGGAGUAUACAAAGGCCUUCACGGUGGAGCAGCUCAUGAUCACCCCAGGCCAGACCAUCAACGUCCUGGUGGAAGCCAACCAGCCCAUCGCCAAGUAUACCAUGGCGAUAGGCCCUUACAUGUCCGCCCAGAAUGUUCCAUUCCAGAACAUCUCAGCCAUGGCUCACUUCCAGUACUCUGGUGCCAGCCUCACCUCUCUGGCCCUCCCAGCGCCGCUGCCGGUCUUCAACGACAGCCUCGCCGUGAAGAAUGGCAUGGACGGGCUGAAGAGCCUCGACGCCACCAACCUCCCUAUCGAGAUCGACGCCGAUCUCUUCUUCACCAUCGGACUGAACGUGGAGCAAUGCCACUCCCUGACUCCUAACGCGAGCUGCCAAGGACCCAAUGGCGGUGUCUUCGCCGCGUCGAUGAACAACGUCACCUUUGUGAGACCCAGCAUCUCGUUGCUGCAAGCCUACUACAACAGCUUGCAUGGCCAUUAUACGGAUGAUUUCCCUGAGGUGCCAUUGAAGGCCUAUGAUUUCGUCAACGGCGCACCUAACAGCAUUCCAAAUGAUACGCAGUCCUUGAAUGGGACUAGAGUCAGGGUGCUAGAAUAUGGUGCGAGGGUGCAACUCAUCUUGCAGGACACCGGGACUGUGUCGACCGAGAACCACCCCAUCCAUUUGCAUGGAUACAGCUUCUACGUUGUAGGGUACGGCACAGGGAACUACGACCCAACGACCGCAGAGUUCAACCUCGUCGAUCCACCAUACAUGAACACGAUCGGCGUUCCGGUCGGAGGAUGGGCUGCCAUUCGGUUCAUCGCUGACAAUCCCGGUGUGUGGUUCAUGCAUUGCCACCUUGAGAUUCAUACAAGUUGGGGUCUCUCUAUGGCAUUUAUUGUGAAGAAUGGCGAGGGUCCAUUGGAGACCCUUCCACAUCCUCCAGCAGAUUUGCCCAGGUGCUGAGUUGCUGCAAGUGUGGAUUGGAUUGCUGUGUUUGGGGAUACUGUAGAACUUCGUUUUGACUUUCUAUUCUUUUGAAGCUACUUCCUUGUAUUUUUGUGCUCCAAGUGUAAAGAAAAUGGAAUAAAACAAUCCAAACAAAAUCCCCACGUUGUUCA